CUUAGAAUGCAAAGCAUUCAAAGUAGGGGUGAGACUGUAGACUACACAAAUAACUAUUUUCUAAAUUACUCCAUAGUAAGUAAAAUCCUGAUGAUAUCAUUGAACACUUGACACUACUUAGAGUGUAGGAAAAAAAAAAUCCAUACUAUUAUUAACAGCAGAAUUUUGUUUAACCCAAGGUUGAAGGGUUUUUUAAACCUUGCACUGUAUAAUUGGAAGUGCUGGAGACGUUUAAUCAUGAUUCUUAUUUGUUUAAAUCACUUGGUACUGGUUAGCGAGGGGAGCAUUUUUAGCUGUCCUCAGUCCUUCUCGGUGUCGUGAACUGAGGCAGUGUCUGCGCUGAAGUGACACGCUGCAGCUGUCCUACUCAUCCUGGAGAGGGCUACUCGUCAUUGGGUAUUUGAACACUUUGCAGGACUGCAGCACGAUCACCGAUGAAAGAAAAUGCUUUCCUCACGUCCUCAAAUUCGAAUACGAGUCAUCUGGAGCAGCAGCAGCAGCACGCUCAGCAGUGACACUUCUAGUGAGCUGUGCUCCAGAGCAGCCUGCGUGCUCAUGCUAUCGGCCUAACAGGUAGCGGUGCUACAGCAGUUGUCCAGGCAGCACUCUGCAAACCCAGGCAAGAACGUGUAGCAAUAAAGAGGAUCAACUUAGAAAAAUGCCAAACCAGUAUGGAUGAAUUACUUGUUAUACUACAGCCUAGAGACUGUGGGCUUUUUCUAAUGCAGAAAUUCCUGCCUCUGAAGGAAAUGGUCUCCUCAGCAGGGAAUUGCCAGUGCAAAAGAUAUCUUGAAUUUGAUACAGAGGAAAGAAAUUCAAGCCAUGAGUCAGUGCAAUCACCCUAAUGUGGUGACCUAUUACACAUCUUUUGUGGUGAAGGAUGAACUGUGGCUGGUUAUGAAGCUAUUAAGUGGGGGUUCAAUGCUUGAUAUAAUAAAAUAUAUUGUCAACAGAGGAGAGCACAAAAAUGGUGUGCUUGAAGAACCCAUAAUAGCAACAAUUCUUAAAGAAGUUUUGGAGGGCUUAGACUAUCUACACAGGAAUGGACAAAUUCACAGAGAUUUGAAGGCUGGCAACAUUCUACUGGGUGAGGAUGGCUCUGUACAAAUAGCAGAUUUUGGUGUUAGUGCAUUUUUAGCAACUGGAGGUGAUGUUACUCGUAACAAAGUAAGGAAAACAUUUGUUGGGACUCCCUGUUGGAUGGCCCCUGAAGUAAUGGAGCAGGUGCGAGGUUAUGACUUCAAGGCCGAUAUGUGGAGUUUUGGGAUAACAGCCAUUGAGUUAGCAACAGGAGCAGCACCUUAUCACAAAUACCCUCCUAUGAAAGUGUUAAUGCUAACGCUUCAAAAUGACCCCCCCACUUUAGAGACAGGUGUAGAGGACAAGGAGAUGAUGAAAAAGUAUGGCAAAUCCUUUAGAAAACUAAUCUCAUUAUGCCUUCAAAAAGAUCCUUCCAAAAGGCCCACAGCAUCAGAACUUUUAAAAUGCAAAUUUUUCCAGAAAGCCAAGAAUAGAGAAUACCUGAUUGAAAAGCUUCUCACUAGAACACCUAAUAUAGCACAAAGAGCAAAAAAGGUCAGACGAGUGCCAGGUUCCAGUGGCCACCUCCAUAAAACAGAAGAUGGGGACUGGGAAUGGAGUGAUGAUGAAAUGGAUGAGAAGAGUGAGGAAGGCAAAGCUGCUAUUUCUCAGGAAAAGUCACGAAGACUGAAGGAGGAGGAGAAUGCAGAGUCUCAGCCUGCUGUUAGUGAGGAAUACAGUGAAGUUCCAUGUGCGGUGAAUCUUGUCUUAAGAUUAAGGAACUCCAGGAAAGAACUUAAUGACAUACGGUUUGAGUUUACUCCAGGCAGAGACACAGCAGAUGGCGUUUCUCAGGAGCUGUUCUCUGCAGGCCUGGUUGAUGGCCAUGAUGUAGUUAUAGUUGCUGCUAACUUACAGAAGAUAGUAGAUGAUCCAAAGGCCUUGAAAACAUUGACUUUUAAGUUGGCCUCUGGCUGUGAUGGCACUGAGAUUCCUGAUGAAGUGAAACUGAUUGGUUUUGCUCAGUUAAGUGUCAGCUGAUGUCUGUCCCUUGACCCCAAGCCGAAUUGUGAGAUUGCAAAAAAGCCAGCUUAGAUGCAAAGGAAAAUUAAUGCACCACACACUGAGUUCUGCUUCAUUAUCUAGCAAUUCACAAAGUCAGAACAAGCAAAGCCCACAGCUACACCGCUGCUGUUAACGUUCAAAAUGCUCCUCAAUGUCUCUUAGAAGUUGAUUUGGAUUCCCCCAGAGUGAAAAGCCUGUGGAAAUGCUCUCUCUCAGGUGGCUGUGUUUAUUGGUUACAAAAGGAACUUUCUAUCAAGCUUACUUCUUUCACAGACUUUGAGUGAUACUAUUUUACCUGUACUUGUGGUUGAUAAUACUGCCUCUGUUCUGUUACAUUUAGAAAUUAACAUGCAUAUAAAAGUUUAGAAAUAUUAGCCAAACUUGAAUUCUAGUUUAAAAAAUUACUGUGAAUUUUAUUUUUCAUAUAUUUAUGCAUUACACAUACUAGUAAUAAGAAAAUUAUUUGACUUGAUUAUGUGCUAUUUGCAGUUAAUCUCCCACUAUUUAAAAAAGUUUCAGGUAUGUCUUUGAAGUAUUUAGUAACUUCUAGGGGUUUUUUGAAAUCAUUUGAUCUGGCAUUAGCAAGCUUUUGUUGGUUGUGUGUCAAAAAACCAGUCCACAAACUGAUCCUCAAGGGAGUGGGAGGUGCCUUGCAGAUAUUAAUGUUUUAAGAAUGUGCCUGAGGCUGCUGAUAUAAAUAAUCACCAUUUUCUAGAAGUACCAUACAUAUGGUACAAUAAAUAUAAAUAUAUAUAGUUAUCUGAGCGAGGAGGGGAUCUACAGUAGCAAAGGUGUUAGAGUAUUUUGACUAUGCUUUAUUGGGGAGUCAAUGAACUAGAGCUACUCUGAACUGUUGUUAAGGUAGAAUGCUUACUGUGUCCAUCUCUGAUCUGACUUACCCUUAAUGAUAAAAACCAGUUACAUACAAGUGAAUGAAAACUUGAAGAAUGGAACUGAAGCUUUAUUUGAAGUUCUGCUAAAUACCAAGGUGGAAUGAAAAUAAUAGGGCUUUGUGCAAUGAUCAAGUAAAACUCUGUUACAAAGAAAACACUUUGACCCAAGUAGCCCUCUGUUUAACCUGUGACAUAGAUGCUAUGGAGCUAGGGAACCUUAGAAAGACUUCCACAUUUGGAGACAUGUUUCUCAGAGGUUACACUUUAAACUACUUCCUAGUUAAUCCUAGAUAAGUGGCAGCUCUUUAAUGUACUGAAAAUGGCAAAUAUAUAUUGUUAAGAGAAGUUAUUUAUAAUGCCUUGUCAUAAUCGUUGAGGUGUUCUAGAACUAUUUGCAUACGACUCAAUGUAAUCCCAUCCCAUCCUACUGUUUACAUGAUGAUUACUCCAAGAUGACUGCAAAGAUUAAAAAAAUAAAAUUAAAAUAAAGAUGU